AUUUUACACUCUUUAACAUCAAUGGCAUAUUUGGAACGGAAUCAGGACGCUACAGUAUAUAUUGGAAAUCUGGAUACUAGAGCAACAGAAUCCUUAGUAUGGGAACUUAUGCUACAAGCUGGACCUGUGGUAAACGUUCAUUUACCAAAGGAUCGAGUAACUCAAGCACAUCAAGGAUUUGGUUUUGUUGAAUUUUUAUCAGAGGAAGACGCGGAUUAUGCAGCUCGAAUCAUGAAUCAAAUACGAUUAUGGGGAAAACCAAUUCGAGUGAACAAGGCAACAGCAGAUCGACGAAACUUAGAUGUAGGUGCAACAUUAUUUAUCGGCAAUCUAGAUCCUGAAGUAGACGAAAAAUUAUUAUAUGAUACAUUCAGUGCUUUUGGUCAGAUUAUUCAAACACCCAACAUUACUCGUGACCCUGAAACUGGCAGUGCUAAAGGGUUUGGUUUUGUUAGUUUUGAUAACUUUGAAUCAUCGGAUGCUGCUAUCGACGCAAUGGAUGGUCAAUUUUUAAUGAACAAACAAAUAAACGUAUCAUAUGCAUUCAAAAAAGAUGGAAAAGGUGAACGACACGGAUCAGCUGCGGAACGUCUACUUGCGGCUCAAGGUCAAAAGAAUGUACAAAUGCCUCAUCGAUUAUUUGCCGAUCAACAUGGUCAACAACCACGGCAUCAACCUUCUCCUAUGCAUAUGAAUUCAGAAGUAGCACCAUCAGGUUAUUCUCCCUAUUAUGGAUCUUAUCAAUAAUAUUACCAUUACCAUUAGUAUAUUUUUUUUAGUAUUUAAUAGAAACAUUAUUAUUGUGUUUUUAUAUAUUUCCAAUUUUAAAUAAACAAUAGGAUAUUUGAUCAUUUUU